AUGCGAGCCGUAAUUAUUCUCUGUACUCUAAUCACAUUAGCUCGCAGUUCUCCCGUGGAGAAGUGGCAUCGAAGCAGUGAUGGGUGUCUUUAUUACGUCGAACAUGAAAUGAAGUUCAAUUGGUACCAAGCCUGGGAGGAAUGUCUUAAUAAAAAUAUGACCCUGAUUACCCUUGACACAUUCUAUAAACAACAACAAAUUGAUGGUUUAAUCGAAAUGAAUUAUCGUAAAAAAUUAACAUUCUGGUUGGCGGCCCAUGAUAAUGCGGUAGAUAAACGUCACGUUUGGUCUACAACCGGCAAAGUGUUAUCCUUCACCAAUUGGGCCAAGGAUCAUCCGAAUUAUGCGGCCAAUGAUCAUUGCCUUUUGAUUCAUGACAGCACUGGUCAGUGGCAUGAUUUUCCAUGUGCUACCAAAUUGGGAUUUGUAUGCGAAAUUCGGCAAUGUACAAAUAAUCGAAAUUCGGCAGAUUUGGAGAAUGGUGAAUUGUUAAAAGAACUGCAAAAACACAAUUUAAAUAUUGUCAAUAUAUUUGGUAGUCCACUGGCUGGCCAAUUGUAUUCCUCCGCAGCCAUUUCGGAAUUUGUCAAAACUGAAGAUGGCGACGAGUUUUACAUAGAAACCGAAAAUAAGUACAAUUGGUAUGAGGCCUUGAGUAAUUGUGUCCUUCUCAAAAUGGCUCUGGUUGCCGUUGAUUCCGAAGCGAAGCAUACAAAACUGGCCAACCUGCUGAGUGAAUAUGAGAAUCUUCGAAUUUGGAUCGGUGGUCAUGACAACAAAAUUAGCCGUCAAUUCGAAUGGAUAUCGAGCAGUCUGCCAUUUGUAUAUACCAAAUGGCGAGCAGGCGAACCAAGUAAAUCUGGAGAACGCUGUGUAGAAAUGGUUUAUCCCAAUUUGGAAUGGAAUGAUUUGCUGUGUGAUCAACGUCUUGGAUAUAUUUGUGAAGAGAUUCCAGCUAUUACCGAUAUUAAAAGGGAAAUGAAACUGUUAACGGAUUCAUAUGAACAUCAACUAGGGCAAAUCGGAACUAAGGAAAAUAACGUAAAGGACCAACAUCACGAAUGCGAUAUGCCAACAUAUAUGGCAGACAUGUGGAAAGAGCUGGAACGCUGGGGCCUAUCUAUCAACGACAAAUUAUCUCAGCUUUUAAAAAAUGCCUUAACAUCGACCUCAUCCUCUGAAAAUGAUGAACAAUUGAUAUUGGUAGAAGCGACUCCACGGAUAAGCAUGGAUAACUAG